UUUCUGUGAUAAUGUCGAUGCAAUAUGUUAGGAUUUACUAUGGACCGAACGAAUCAUUUGGCACAGUUUCACAUAAACCACAAAAAUUAUGUGGCAUACGAGAAUAUCUUCAAAGAUUGGGUUUUCGUGUAGAUCUCGUACCUGUAGAAUAUAUAAAUUAUUGCAUGUUGGAAAUGUGUGGACAUGAGGUGUUCAGGUGCAACAUAAACAAUCUCUUAUUCAACGCGGCUGCGGAACGCGACUCCGUCUGUCGUCGAGCUAUAAAUGCCGUUGUUGAAUCAUCAGCUAAAUUCCUAAGAGCACGAAGUUACCUCUGGUCCUGGGCACUAAUUGAAGACCAAAUAUUUAGAAGAAGCGAAUACUCUCCGAAAGACUACUGGCCGUUCAAUUUUGACGGAAGUUUCGAUACUUGUUUAGAAUGCGAGUCGUGCAUUGAAGUGAUUGAAAAAAAGUAAUAUUGUCGUUGCUAAACCGAGCUGGAAUUAAUCUUCAAAAUAAUAUUUCACAUUAAAUAUUGAAAA